AUGGACUCAUCCCCCUGCCGCCAGUGUGCAUGUCGUGGAUAUUUGGAAAUGGGUGUAUUUGGUGCUGAUCGAUCCCAGCCUAAUGAGUGCGCAUGCACUCAUACCCCGCAGGAUCACACAACUGUGGCCCUUCCACCUCGUCGAUGUGCAUCUGGCACCUAUUUCUCUACGAAUGAAAAUCCGGCCACAUAUCGAUCCAUGUGUGCACUCUGUAAUGGAGCGUAUUACGUCCAUGUCCCUACUCCCACUCAAGCGCCCAUCACCCCAACUAUCCGCUCUGGUUAUGAUUCGACCAUGGCAAAUUCAUCAAGUUCUUCAUCUGGCAGUCCGGCACUUGCCCAGUACAUUCAUCCUCCUCCAUCACCACUUUCCAGUAGCACUGGAGCACCGCCGACAACUCCUGCACCUCUGACCCUUCGACUGUGGAGUCCUCCCCAUGCACCUGCAUCUGGAACUACAAAUGACCGCCGGUCUGGACCGUCUGGCAACUCAACCAGAUCAUCCACUGCUCCCAGGAGACAAUUGACUCAGCGCACCACUCAAUCCAUCAAGUACUUGGUGGUCAUCCACCCUGAGCCGGUGUAUGGAACGGUCACAACAGACUUUGAUCGGCUGUUUCGUGAACUCCGGUGCCCUGUGCCUCAAAAGAUUGGCUCCUUUUUACGCCAGGCCGAGUCCCUGCGACUCUCAUUCAAGUUUGAAGUGACGGCGCGCUCAGACGAAUUGGCAGGACCUAUUUUCAAUACUCAGUUGACCAACCAUUUGGAUGGCAAGGGGUUUGUGUUUUCCCGCCCUCACAGCGCACCCAAUACCAACACUGUCACAAUGUCUCAAUACACCUGGUCGUUCCUUAUGACUGGAAAAAGUCAGCGAUCAGCAUUGGGCGCUAAACUCACCUCAUCUCGGAAGUCUGCUGAAGAUGUCACUCACAAAGACUUGGCCGCAAAUGCUGACAAACUCCCUGUACCGUCACCUCAUCAUGAUCACCGCAUGGUGUUUGUUGUUCCUCUAGAGUUUAUUGUUACUGGCCCUCUCGAUGGACAGGGCUUGCACCUGUGUCUUGCACCUCGGCUCUGGAACAAGAACUUUCAACCAGACAUACAUGAAGAGGACACAGAAUUUACAUGCGCCGACGGGUGCUCUGAGCAACCAUCAAUGGAUUCUGAUAUGGAUUUUGAUGUUCCUGAUUUUGCGCCAUUGACACCAGCAGAUACUACCAACGUUGGGGUGUCUCUCUUCCUGCCAGGGCCAGUGUCUCCUGUUAAUGGGGCAGCACCCUUAUCACCUCUACGCAUGCCUCAGAUUAUGUCCUUCGAUGGUCCUGCUUCCUCUGCAUCGUCCGGUCCAGAUACUGCCACUAAUACCAUCAUGCGUCCCCCUGUUGCUUUGCAACCCCGUCAACAAUCUCCCGCUGCUGCUGUUGCUGCUUGGAGAGGGAGAAUAGCAGCUGCACGAACGACCAUGCAGUCCCUCCUCAGUGACGAUCCAGCUACCAUCACCAUCAGCGCAAAUACUGCAUCAGUUGCAGCCCGAUCGUUUAUUGACGCUAUCAAGAGUUGGUGCCGCCCAGAGGCUUCAAUGACUGACGAGCAGUCAACGGGUGCCACACUUACUGGAUUGACGCCAACAAGCAUUGUCACUGGGGAGUUUGAUGUCUCAAUUAGCGAUGGUGUUGGACAUGGUGUACUUCGCUCUUUCUGGAGCGAGGUCAUCAGAAUGAUUACGGAAGACUCUGGGCAUUGGCAAAGUACCUGCGACGGGCAUUGGGUACCCAUUGUGACCUCACUACCCCCCUGUGAUGAAGAUAUUGUUUCAUACCAGGCGUAUGGAAUCAUCUUCUGGACUGCGAUGCUUAUGGACCUAGAAAUCCUCCCCGUUUCUCCGAUCAUUGUAUUGUUUCUGCUGAGCGACUACAUCACAGCUACCACUUCAUCAUUCACCGCUGCCAUUGCACCCAUUGGGAGUCAACGUCUUCUUGCGUGGCCACCCCCUCUAGUCACUGAUGCUGCAACAGGCCGGUUAGAACUAUCCAUAGCACCUGCAACAAAUUUGUAUUCCAUGAUUCUGGAAGUUGACGCUUCUGCCCAGAUCACACAGCUGAGGCGUCUUCCUGUACAUGCACAGGCUGAGCUUACCCACCGGUUGCGAUGUCAGGUGUUCUUUGGCAACCAGUUUGCUCGUGGAACACCUGACCACAUUGUAUAUUCAUCAAUGCGUCAGGCAUUCGACUGCCUAAUUGGCGACCGUAUGACAUUACGUGAGCAUUUCAUCACUGAAGAUUCAUCUAGUACGAUUCUUGAGGGAAUGUUUGGUGGCCGCAUUCUUUCCUCACCAGAGCAGGUUAUCCGCCUUCUUGUCAUCAAUGUUACCCCAGUUGGUGGUGUCUUGAAUGAUAUCAUUGCACGAUUCAAACUUCAUCUGGAGCGCUACCUCCGUGGGUGCAGCACUCCUACUCAAAAUGAUGGAUCAGAUCUUUUCGGAGAAGAUGUAGUAAUUGAUCCAUUGUUACGAACUCGACUCUUUCUCCGGUGUGUCACCGGUACCCUUGACAUCUACGAUGACAAGGGAAUCCACAUCCACACAUGCUUCUAUGCAGUGGAUGUGCUGUUGAAUGAGCCAUCUACGCUCAUUGUGAACCAAGAAAUUCUGGCGGACAUGUCCAUUUCCACUGACUUUGACAGGUGGAUUCACUCCUGUAUCAGUGGCAACGCCUUCGAUCACUACAAUACUUCUGCACGCUACUAA